GGCGGCGGACAGGGAGGGUCCCUAGCCGGUGCCGCCCCGGCUCCCUCCGUCCCUCCCUGCCGCCGGGCCGUAACGCUUUGUGCUCUUGAGCGCUCUUAGUUGUCGACCGAGGACUUAACAGGCGUCGAGUGCCGUGGAUGACCAGGAAGGCGUCCGGCCCGUCUGGGUGAGCCAUGGCGUACCAGCUGUACAGAAACACCACGCUGGGGAACAGUCUUCAGGAGAGUCUGGAUGAGCUCAUACAGUCACAGCAAAUCACGCCUCAGCUGGCCCUUCAGGUGCUACUUCAGUUUGAUAAAGCUAUAAAUUCGGCCCUGGCACAACGAGUCAGGAACAGAGUCAAUUUCAGGGGGUCUCUGAAUACAUACAGGUUCUGUGACAACGUAUGGACAUUUGUACUGAACGAUGUUGAAUUUAGGGAGGUCACUGAACUUGUCAAAGUGGAUAAAGUGAAAAUUGUAGCAUGUGAUGGAAAAAGUAAACACUGGUUCCAAUACUGCAGAAUGAAUAGAACUGUGGUUUGUCUGCAAUAUUUUUCUGUUAAUAUGCAGCACUUUCUGAAGAGAAGCAUGGAAAGGGACUGUGUUCAUACUUAAUUCUUGUGUUGCAGAUGUGAGUUAAUUCAUAGUAGAAAGCAUCACAGAAUGACAGCGGAAGAAGUACCUGUAGCAUUUCUUCAGUUCACCUUAUAGGGCAUGAAUACAAUAUUACUUCUUUUUUUUUUUAUUACAACAGAUACUGUUGUCUUUUUUUUGUUCAAAAUAAUUUCUGUAAUAAACUUUUAUUUAAAAACUUGUGAAUGAGUGAUCAUUGGAAAGCUUUGUUUAAAACCAAUCAUUAAUUCAGUAUUUUCUCCCAAUAUUGUCUAAGUGUAUUUAGAGUAAAUGUUGCAAAUGCAGAGGUCUUUCAGUUACAGGGUUCUGAGUAUGGUUGCACUGAUUAGUAUUUCAAGAAAUCAGAACGUGGAGGGUGACAUCAACAAGAUCAUGCUGGCCAGUAUAUUUGCCUGUUACUGCAUCUUUUUAUCUAUAAAUUUUUCCAUUUGGUACCCUCUGCUAAUAAUACUUGAACCCAAGUAGUAAAGUUACUACACAGCUAAUCAAAUUGAAAUAAUGAAACUGAGUCUCAUAAGAUUGAACUAUAUUCUCAAACAAUGUUAGUGCAUCUUGUUUUAAUGUUUUUCUAAAUGUUUUUGUAUUUACUGGAAAUCAAUUUAAUUGGACACCUGGCCAACGGGAUUCUUGUGAAAAAGAAUUUUGAGAUAUCAGAUAAAUUUUGAGGUAUCGGAUGGAUAACUUUGUUCUUUUUAGACUUAGACAUUCCACUAAAUAACUCCCAAUCAAGAAACCCUUAAAACAGUUUCUUCAGUUUGAGUAUGAUAUGCUGACAGCUCAUUUGUCUGGCUUAACAGCAGUGACUGUUCCAGUGUGGUGGUAGGAGUGCUGCCUGCCUCAGCACUGUAGCCUACUACAGACCACUAGAAACUGGAAACUGUACAGAAGAAAAGUCAAGGGCUAACUGUUUUCAGAUCAGUCUAAAUACUUGGUUUGUGCCAAAACUGGAGCAUAAUUAACAUGUUGAGACCUUUCUCUACUUGUCAGUGGCCCAGUCUAUUAAUUGAAGUAAUAAAGGUUUAGUAUUUCUGACAGUGUUUUCCAGACGUAUGUUACGGUUCUCUAAUUCUACCUUUGGACAUCAAAGGAUAUGUAUUUGAGGUUUAGUUAACUUCUGCUUUCCUCACUUCAAGUGAGAAAGGAGUUCAUGAACUUGCUUGCUAGACUGUUAAAAGUUUACCAGUAAUUUUUUGUCUUGUAUCCAUACUAAAUGUCCUUUGCUGCAAACUGCAGAUUGCUAAGUAACCAUUUUUGAAAACAGAAGAACAGGCUAUUGCUCUCAGUUUGAACUGCACAGUACCUGUCGAGGUCAUUAUCUUAAAGGAUGCAAAUGUAUGUCAGUACUGUGGCUUUCUCUUUUUCUACAUCAGACUCAAUCUUCUAGGUUUGAUCAUUUUUUUUCUCCUCUUAAGAAUCAUGUGGUAAACUGAAUUUUAGCCCUUACAAGUACUAGAAGUUUGCUGUUCCUACCUCCAACUCUGCAGUUUCUUCCUGUCUCUUGCCAGAAACUUAGUCUCCAGUUCUCUGUAGCCUUUGGACUCCCUCCUAAUGCAAAUAAUUAUAUAUCUGAGUUUGUUCCAAUUAAGUGUACAUUACCAUAUUUACUAUAGCAUUUUUCCAUUAAAAACAAAUUUAAUAGAGAAGCACAAUUGUACUGAUGAUGUGAGGUUAUUGUGUGAAAUUGAUUUAUGUUUACAUUUCAUUGUUACUCUUACCAGAUUUCUCUUGUGUUUCAACAGCUGUAUACUACUACUUCAGCACUCCCAGGCUUACUGCUGCCUUUGCUGUUAAUUGAAAGUAAAAGAAAUAUUUAACUAAAAAAGAAAACAAUGUAAUGAAUAUAUAUACUAAACAAAAUUAUAAAUAAAAGAAGAAAUAAUUUUGUUGACAAAGAUGUCUGCUACUUACUGAUUUGAAUUUCACUGAUUACUGUGAGCAGGAGCCAGAAACUGUGUUUGUCAUCCAGUACAGCUUUACCAAAGAAGUAAUCAUCCCAUUGAAGCUUAAGACUUGGUCCUAUAUAAGGAAAAGGUGAUGGGGUACUUCCCUGUGUUGAUGCAUAACAGUAAUACUUUGAAUUGUAUACCUUACUUAUCUGGUGGUUGCUAUUUGGCAUGAAAACUGAGAUUUGAAUAUUGAUUUGUAAAGAACCAUUUGAAAAGGAGAUGGACGUUCUGAAAAUAAUUUAAAUACUCUGUACCCAAGUUCUACUGUACUGAAAAAACGUGCAAACACUUGUGACACUGAUGUUCUUGAUAAGCUUGUUGUUUAGCCUGAGGUGAGGGGCAAAAAGUGACAUUUGUUGUGAAAGACUUAUUGAACUUACACCUAAAACUGUUAACUGCACUUUUGUUAUACUAAGGUAUUUUAAUAUCCAGCGGAAGACAAAAAAUGUAUUAAAUGUUAUGGAUGCUUCUGAACUGUUCUAAGAUUUUUUGUUUUCCUAAUAAUAAUGUAGUCCUAAAUGCACAACAGACAUUAAAGCUUUUUGGAGCAAAAAUGGUUGGGGGCAGACAGCAACCUGUUCCUGGGCACAAUGAUAAUAAAGGGACCGCAUGCAGAGGGAAUCUGUGUAACUGUGUGAAAGGCUAGAAAGCAUGCACAAAUGGGCAGUAAGGGAAUGUUUUAGGUGAAACAGCAAACAAAUGAGUAGAACCAAGCAGGCAGUAGUAACAUGUGUCUGUGAUCUAGACACUACUUUCCUCUCUCAAGCUGGAAGUCUGAGAAGGCCUUUCAUACAAAACAACAGGAGAGAAGUUACCAAACAAAUAAAAAUCGAAGAAAGGCAAACGUGUACCCUGAGUCUUGUAUUGCUGCUGCUUGGGAAAUUAAUGGUGGUAUUAGAAACUUUAUUUCACAUCUGGUUAAUGUUUUAAUAUAACU